AUGGAUCUACCAGAAAAGCCACUUGAAGGAUCAGAAAUGCAUGUUGAUGCAGAACGUGCCAAAACACUUGUCUCUGCGCUUUUGAAUGUUACUCGGCGUAUCAAUACCAAAGCAGUAGGUCGCAAUGUACAAUUAGUAGCUGUUUCCAAAUUAAAGCCAGCGUCCGACAUUCUGGCGCUUUACGAUUCAGGGCAUAGACAUUUCGGAGAGAAUUAUGCUCAGGAGCUAAUUGAAAAAUCAACGGUCCUACCUAAAGAUAUAAAAUGGCACUUUAUAGGGGGCCUACAAAGUAAUAAAUGCAAAUCACUUGCUUCCAGCAUUCCAAAUUUGAGCUCAGUUUCUUCUGUCGAUAGCGCCAAAAAGGCAAAUCUACUCAAUCUUGGCCGCGCUUGUUUUCCUGACUCUAAUCCAAUGAAUAUCCAUAUACAAGUCAACACCUCAUCUGAGCCCUCAAAAUCAGGUUCUCCUCCCGGUGAGGCUACUGCCGAGCUGGCCCUUCACAUUUUGCAGUCAUGCCCUAACCUGCAACUCAAAGGGCUCAUGACAAUUGGUGCUAUUGCACGAAGCAUAGCAGUGGCCAGCGGUCAGAAUGAUAACGAAGAUUUCCGCAUUUUACGAGAUGAAAGAGAUUCUCUGGAAGAAAUCUUACGACGUGAAAGUAAAGGUAAAGAUUGGGAGACGCGCUGGGGAACUAUAAUUAACAACAAAGACGCGACCGAGGCGGAUCCAAUCCGUAGAUUAGAACUAAGCAUGGGUAUGAGCGAUGAUUUUGAACUGGCAGUUGAGAUGGGCAGCAACGAGGUUCGAGUCGGAAGCACGAUUUUCGGUCAAAGAAAUGUCAAAAAGAAAGAUUAG